GCGGGUUUGAAUACGCCCGAGCGGGCGCGGGACGCCGGUGGGAGAGCGCGCCGACCUCCGCGCGCGUGGGAGCGGCCCUUCUCCAGCAGAGCCUAGAGCAGACACCGCCCACUGGCAUGCAGAAGUGCUUAUCGAGGACCUGUUGAUUGGAAGGGGUGCUCUGUCCGGAGUGCUUGGCUUGCGAGCCUCCCCUCCUGAUGUGCCCUGUGCUACCUUUCUGCACUCUGGACCCCCACGCGGGACCCCAUGGCCCCGGCCUCCUGCCCGGGCCUGAGAUAGGACCCCUUCCUAGGGACCCGCCAGGCUCUCUCGGCUCCCCUCCUUCUGUUGACUCUGAACGUCCGCUAGCGCCAGAGGGAGAGAGCUGCCAGCCGGGCACCUCCGCGCACCCCGGCAGCAUGACGACCAGCCAGCAGCCUCAGGACAGAUACAAAGCUGUCUGGCUUAUCUUCUUCAUGCUGGGCCUGGGGACGCUGCUCCCCUGGAAUUUCUUCAUGACGGCCACUGGGUACUUCACAACCCGCCUGAACGUCACCGACACCGGCAACGCGUCCUCGGUCGCCGCUCAGCUGAGCAAGGCCACCCCGGCCCCGGCCACCCCCGCACCGCCCUCGCCCGAGAGGACGGAGAGGACGUCCCUCAGUGCCAUCUUCAACAACGUCAUGACCUUGUGUGCCAUGCUGCCGCUGCUGCUCUUCGCCUGCCUCAACUCCUUCCUGCACCAGAAGAUCCCCCAGUCCGUGCGGAUCCUGGGCAGCCUGGUGGCCAUCCUGCUGGUGUUCUUGGCCACGGCCGUCCUGGUCAAGGUGCAGAUGGACGCUCUCCCCUUCUUCGUCAUCACCAUGGUCAAGAUAGUGCUCAUUAAUUCAUUCGGCGCCAUCCUCCAGGGCAGCCUGUUUGGGCUGGCCGGGCUCCUGCCCGCCAGCUACACCACCCCCAUCAUGAGCGGCCAGGGCCUGGCCGGCUUCUUCGCCUCAGUGGCCAUGAUCUGCGCCAUUGCCAGCAAGUCGGAGCUGUCGGACAGCGCCUUCGGGUACUUCAUCACGGCCUGCGUGGUCGUGGUUUUGGCCAUCAUCUGCUACCUGGGCCUGCCCCGGCUGGAAUUCUACCGCUACUACCAGCAGCUCAAGCUGGAGGGGCCCGGGGAGCAAGAGACCAAGCUGGACCUCAUCAGUAAAGACCCUUCCGCAGCCCGUCAGCCCCCGGGAGAGGAGCCGAGAGCCAUCAGAGAGGAGCCCAGGGUGCCGGCCCCCACCGCCCAGCCCACCAGCCACUCGGUCAAAGCCAUCCUCAAGAACAUCUCAGGCCUGGCCUUCUCCGUCUGCUUCGUCUUCACCGUCACCAUCGGCUUGUUCCCCGCCGUGACCUCCGAGGUCCAGUCCAGCAUCGCGGGCAGCGGUGACUGGGAAAAGUACUUCACUCCCGUGUCCUGUUUCUUGACUUUCAAUGUCUUUGACUGGUUGGGCCGGAGUCUCACAGCUGUUUUCACGUGGCCCGGGAAGGACAGCCGCUGGCUGCCCAGCCUGGCGGUGGCGCGCCUGGUGUUCGUGCCCCUGCUGCUGCUGUGCAACGUCAGGCCCCGCCGCCACCUGGCCGUGGUCUUCCGGCACGACGCCUGGUUCAUCCUCUUCAUGGCCGCCUUCGCCUUCUCCAACGGCUACCUCGCCAGCCUCUGCAUGUGCUUCGGGCCCAAGAAGGUCAAGCCCUCCGAGGCGGGGACGGCAGGGACCGUCAUGGCCUUCUUCCUCUGUCUGGGCCUGGCCCUGGGGGCCAUCGUCUCCUUCCUGUUCCGGGCCAUCGUGUGACCGUGGGGGACAGAAGGACCGCCCGGCCCACCCUCACGCCCGCGUCCUGCCCCCGCGGGGGCGCGCGGGGCUGCCCCGGAGCUUCGCUCCUCCAGCGGCUUCUGCUUUCUGAAGGCCUGUGCCGGCGGGCCGCGCGGCCGGGGGAGGGAGCUCAUUGGUGGCCUGAGGGGCAGGGCUGGGAGGGGACACUGGGUCUCUGCCUAAUGGCUGGAGAGACUCCUGGGCACAGAGAGAGAGACUGAGACUGAGAGAGGCGCUGGGUUCUGCGUGUCCCUGCCCGUGCGGAGGGGGCCGGGCUGGCCGGUGCGCGCCCCUGCCCUCCCCUCCCCUCCCCUCCCGCGGCCCCCGCCCCGGCUCCCCGUGCCUUGUCCUCACUGUCACGCGCCUUGUACAGUUGCCAUUUUACUGCCUUUUUUAUACUCACAGAAACCAGGUGCCUUCUGAGGCUGAGCAAAUAAAACUUUUUUUUUUUUUU